AUGGCACCGACGCAAUUGCCAGAGUCGGGUAACCCCCUGGUGUUUUUUGACAUUACUCUCGGAGGAGAACCCCUGGGAAGAGUCACGUUUGAGCUGUUCAAGGACGUCGUCCCCAAGACGGCGGAAAACUUUCGCCAGUUCUGCACGGGCGAGAGCAAGGACUCGGUCGGUCGUCCCCAGGGCUACAAGGGCUCCAAGUUUCACCGCAUUAUUUCCAACUUCAUGUGCCAGGGCGGCGACUUUCUCAACGGCGACGGCAGCGGGUCGACGUGCAUCUGGGGGUACAAGUCGUUUGAGGACGAAAACUUUACCCUCAAGCACGACCAGCCCGGUCUGCUCUCCAUGGCUAACGCCGGCCCCAACACCAACGGCAGCCAGUUCUUCAUCACCACCGCGCAGACACCCUUUCUCGACGGCAAGCACGUCGUCUUUGGCAAGGUCGCAGACGGCAUGGACGUGGUGCGCAAGAUGGAGGCCACCAAGACGGGCUACAAGGGCAAGGACGUGCCGAACAUGGAUGUCGUCAUUGCGCAGUGCGGCGAGAUGUAA